CCACCCUGCUCAGAGUGCCACUUUUAGCUUUUAGUGAGCGUGUGCCUGCGUAUUAUCAUCUUUGCGGUACAAAAAUAACGGUAUGGAAGUAAAAUAAAACGGAUUGAAGAAUUGUUCAGAUUAAAGUUUAUUAGCAGAAGGUCAGCUCAGGACAGGGAUCCUACAGGAUGGCCAAACCUCUCAGAGUCCUGUGUCUGUUCCCCAGGCUUGUCACCCUGUCAGUGAGGACCUCAGUUUCUACAAACAGCUGUCGAUUUGUUAGUAGAGGCACCAGGACCUCAUGGGAGGGUAAAAGCCAUGUGCGCAGAACCCCAACACACAGCCAGGGCCCCUCUGAAGAAGAAAGUGUCGAUGAAGGAGAUGUCGAGGGCAGACUUCAGCAAUUGUUUCUUGAGGAGAAAAGGAGGGCGAGGACUGUGAAGCAUCAUAUUCUGAGAAGGAAGAUGACACCAUCAGGAGCUCCAGAGAGGAAGCUAACCUGGGAUGCUAUUGAGCAGAUUAGGUAUUUGAAGCAAGAGCAUCCAGAGGAGUGGACAGUACAGCGUCUGGCUGAGGGCUUCUCUGUCACACCCGACGUCAUCCUGAGAGUCCUCCGGAGCAAAUUCAUCCCUGCUCCUGAGAGAAAAGUCAAGCAGGACACUAAGGUGUUGUCUAGAAUCAGUCAGCAGAUUCUACCUUCAGGCGUCGGGGCAGGACAGGACAGACCAAGGCUUCCUGGGAGUGGAGCAGCAGCAGCAGCCGCGCUGUCUCCUGGCAGUAAAGAAACUUCCGCACUCACUGUAACUGACCAGAUGGUGGCGCUUCGAGGCCAAAGCUCAGGAUCUGUGAGCGUUCGUCCUGCCGCUCUUAACAUUGUACCUGCUCAGCUCAGCUCUGCUGCUAGUAAGCAUGUCUCAGUGCCCAUGCAAGCAAACCCCAGAGCCGACUCUGCUGCUGCUGCUCUGGAGGAGGAUGGAGAGGAUGGAGAGAGCUGGGAUGGACAGUUGUUUUCAGAGGAGGAACUUUUUGAGUUUAUGUUAACAGUUAAAUCUUCUCCUGUGGCACAGAUUGGCAGUGAGUUCUUUGAUGCAGAAGGUAAAUUUCUGUAUAGGAUCUGAGGACACUGUGGGAACACGAUGCACCGUGGUCACAUGAGGCUGCUGCACCAGCAGAAUAAUGCCAUUAUUGGCUGAAAAACGAGGAGGCCACAAACCAGCACAUCUUUAAAAUGAAGUUUUUGAAAAUAACGUGGCAUUUAGAAACAAUAGGUGAGACAUGUUUCAAAAUAUUUAAAAAUCUGAAUUCUGACUUGGAGUUUGUAUCAUCCGUUUGCAGAAAUUAAACACGUCUGUAUAUCAUUGAUUGCUUGUGGGUAUUGACAUUCUCCGUGUUUUCAUAUUUAAAUCAUUCAUUUUUAAACCCACUUAGUUUUGUUUAUGGUUGUUGGAGCCAAUCCCAGCAGCACUCUCUGGACAGGCUGCCGGUUUGUCACAGAUCUUCAGUGUUGAUUUUUAAAUUGAACUACAUUUCUUUACUCGCAUUCAUAAAAUGCCACACAUGGCUCUUCAGAUGGUAAAAUAGACUUAAUGAAGCGUAGAAAAAAAUCCUGAGUAUUUGAUUCACAUUUGAAAGCAGCUCCAUGUUGUGAUAUCCAUCUGAAUGUUUGUUUUUGUUGUUUUUAGAACAUGUGAUUGUACCUGAAGAAGAGCAGCAUCUGUCCACGUGCGUCAGUUUGCAUGUUGCCUAGCUGAUGGGUUCAGGUUACCAGUAUAUCAAGGGCACUUAAGGUCAUUGUGAUGAUGUCAAAAGGACAGUCCUGAUCAGAAUUAUUGCAAUCCUGAAUUUUACGUACACAAUUUAAAAUAUCUUAACAAUGAUGAAUGAAGUUUUCCAUAAUAAUCAGAGUGUUUAAAACAAUGUUUAAAGUUAUUAAACGUAAAAACAAACCACCACCACCUACGGGGGAAUUAAAUGCCACAAAAUAUACGCAGAUGUUUUGUACACUGAAUUACAGCAAAUCACUUUUUGCAUCUUUUUUUAAGACAAGUUGGGGAUGGAUGCAUGGGCAUUUACAAGUAUUGACCCUCCUUUAUAUCAGUUAAGAAUUACAAACAAUAUGGUAAAUUUUUAUUUGCAUUUCUGAUUUUUUUUUUUCUUGAAAUUCACGAAUGCCAAUAAUGAUGACUUCAGAUUGAGCCAUACGAUUGUUCAAAAUAAUGAUCAGUGCUGUUGAAUUAUACCAUUUAAGCAGUAAUUACAAGGAUUAAAUGUUUGUAUCAGAUUUAAAUUUAACCUCAGUUGGUGUGGUCCUUCAGUGGGAUUAUUGGUGUCUGUAAAGUGGCUGUAGCAGGGCAAGGACGUGUGGACAAGAUAACUGAAGAACUGCUGGAUAGAUUUCCUUCAAACUUGGUGGGAAUGUUACUUUGAUAGAUAUCUAGAUGUGAUUAGGUUUUGGAGUGAUUUGAUGAAAGGUCAAAGAAAACUGUCCAAAAAAAAACAAAAAC